UCGGGAUGAGCGAAACCUCUUCACUCCUCAUCCUAAAUCGCUGACGUCAUCAUCAUCUUUAGCUAUCACUCUUUCUUUUUGAAAAUCCAUCUAUUCUCAGUUUUACCACCUUUAAAGUUACAGUCAUAAUAUUAAAGUUGCGAUUUUUGUUUUUUUUUUAGUGUAAUAAAGUUAAAAUAGUUUAGUCUGAAGAAGAAUGGCAACUCCCCCAAAUCCUGCUGAUGGAAAUUCCCAAAAUCCAGUUACUGAGACUGUAAAACCAGUAAGUACUAAUGAUAAUCAACAAGAUACCGAAAAAGUUGCUCCUCCUAAGGAACCGUCGAUAUUCGUUAAUACGGAACCGAUACGAGAGGAUCAAGUUCAGAAUGCUGUCAAGUUUCUUUCACAUCCUAAAGUUAAGGGAUCACCUGUUAUGUAUAGACGAUCUUUUCUCGAAAGGAAAGGACUCACUAAGGAGGAGAUCGACGAAGCCUUUCGUCGUGUUCCAGAUGAUUCUCCUAGUGUUUCGGCUACUCCACCAGUUGUUACAAAUCAAGGUGGCCAGUCGCAGCCUGCGUCAAAUGCUCAACAGCAAGCGCCGACUCAGUCUCUGCAACCUGUAGCAGCUGCUCCGGCUGUUCCCAGUUCUAAAUUGGGGAUCUUGACACCAUCACGGUUCCAUUGGUCACAUGCUAUUAUCGCUGUUGGAGUUCUUGCUGUUUCAGGUGCUGGAACAGCUGUAGUUUUUAAGAAUGCCGUCGUUCCAAGAUUGAAAUCUUGGAUCCGGAAAGUUGUACAUGAAGACAGUGAAGACGACCUUGCAAAGGAAACCAACAGAAAACCAACAUUGGCUGAAGAAGCUGCUGCCGCCGCAAAAGCUGCAGCAGCAGCAGCAGCCGAUGUGGCACGUGCUAGCCAGGAGAUGUUGGUGUCGAAGACGGAAGAGAAGAAAUACUUUGGGGAACUUUUGAGUCUAUUAGAUGUGCAAGUGCAGGAAAUGAAGUCAAUGAGUAACUCAAUAAGGAAGUUGGAAGGUCAAAGUAACAUUUUGGGGCGAGAAGUUCAAGUCACAAGCUCAAGGCCAUCCUAUGCAAAUGGCAGGGCAGACUACGACUUACCCUCAGCAAGAUCCUUGUCACCACCACCUGCUUCUGUGGAACCCUCUGCUACGCCACCCCACCCAAAAUCUUAUAUGGAGAUAAUGUCUAUGAUUCAAAGAGGUGAAAGGCCUCCGAAUAUCCGAGAAAUCAAUGAUCUACCACCAAACCCAGACCAACCUGUAUCAAAUCCUCGCUUAGCACCAAAGCCCAAGCCUUGGGAGACCACACAGUCACAGGGAAACUCAACCUACACUCCUGAAAACACCAAUGGACUUUAUUCCUAUGGUCAAGAUAAUGGUGGCCCCAAUUCCGUCUACCAGGUUAAUGGGGAAGGUUCAGCUCCUUGGUGGCAACAAAAGAAUGUCCGUGUUAAUGAACUAGAACCUGAAGAGAGCAAGAUCAGUUAUUCCAGUGGGGCAAGUGAACGACCUGUCCAACGAUCUUCUUGGGUCCCACCUCAGCCACCUCCUGUAGCGAUGGCAGAAGCAGCAGCAGCCAUCAGGCAACCCAAAAAAUCACCAUUAGAGAAGGAACAGCAAUUGACUGAUGAACAGUUCCUGGCUCGUUCGGCAGAGGUAACCGAUGAAUUACAGAGGGUGACAAAAAUAUCUGAAUCAGGCGGUGUGCCACCUGAUGUAGCUGCAGGUAGUUCAGUAAUGACAAGCACAAGUGAGAUACAGAAAGAGGAAGAAAGCUCCUAUUAUGAGGCUUAAACAUCUCAGACAAAUGCUUAAGAGAUACUGUGUUGGUAUCUUGAUCUGUGCAUUAUCUCAUAUUUUUGUUCAAAUACUUAAAUAAUGUUAGCACUCCAAGUUAAAGUUGAUACUUAAAAUUACUUAAUAUUAAUAUUGAUGGAAAAUAACGUGAAACUCAUGUGAAAUGAUGUAAUUAUUAUCAGUUGGUUUUUCAGACUUAUUAAUUAGUGUACAAAAUAGUCGCCCACCCCACAACAAUCUGGAGCGGCUAUAGAUCUUAUUAUACGAAGUCUUGUACAAUUCAAAA